AUGUCGGGAGUACCAGUUCAACACUGGAAUUUCGGAAUCGGGCCGAUUACGUGCCAUGCCUGGAACAAAGAUCGCAGUCAAAUUGCUGUGUCAGCUUCCAGCAACGAAAUCCACAUUUUUGAGUGGAAAAAUGGUGAUUGGGUUAAUGUACAUACUUUGAGCGAACACGAUUUGCCAGUGACUGGAUUGGAUUGGGGUGUUCGCACGAAUCGAAUUGUCUCCUGCUCCCAAGACAAAAACGCGUUCGUCUGGACAUUCGAUAAAGGCGUUUGGAAACCCGAGCUUGUACUAGUCCGUUUUAACAGAGCUGCAACGUAUGUCAAAUGGUCUCCACUGGAAAACAAGUUUGCAGUUGGAAGCGGUGCCAAAUUGGUAUCAGUGUGCUAUUAUGAAAAAGAAAACGACUGGUGGGUUUCCAAGCAAAUCAAAAAACCGAUUCGCUCGACUGUGACUUGUCUUGAUUGGCAUCCGAACAAUGUUCUUUUGGCUGUCGGAUCGUGCGAUUUCAAAUGCCGGGUAUUUUCGGCAUAUGUUAAAGAAGUUGAUGAAAAGCCAGCGCCAAAUCCAUGGGGUCAAAAAAUGCCGUUCGGUCAACUUAUGAGUGAGUAUUCGGUCGGUGGAUGGGUUCAUCGUGUCGCAUUUUCACCGUCGGGUUGCCGAUUGGCAUUUGUUUCACAUGAUUCGUCAAUUUCAAUGGUCGAUUCGAACAAUGAUAAUUCAAAGGCUCAAAAUCUAAGAACGAUUCAUCUUCCCUUCACAACAGUUGAGUGGAUUACUGAAAACAGCAUUGUUGCCGCGGGUCAUGAUUGCUCGCCAGUUCUUUUUGUGGUUUCGAAUGACACUUUGAAGGAAGUUUGCAAACUUGAUGUUCCAUCAGCGAGCAAAUCCUCUGCAGUCAAUAGUGCUUUGCAAAUGUUUAGAAAUAUCGACAGAAAUGCGGCGGCCGAAAGAAUCAAUGUCACACUGAAAACGCUUCACCAAAAUCGAAUCACACAAAUUCUUCCGCAUUCUGGAACUGCUGGAAAUGUUUUGAAGUUCACCACAUGUGGAACUGAUGGGCUGAUUGCUCUUUGGGAUUUGAAGAAUCAUCCAUCGCUUGUCUGA